CAAGCAAUAGUCACAUGACAUGUUUCCUGUCAAGAUGGCGGAUGAUCUCCCUUCGGAGUUUGAUGUGAUCGUAAUAGGGACGGGUUUGCCUGAAUCCAUCAUUGCGGCUGCCUGUUCAAGAAGUGGCCAGAGGGUUCUGCAUGUUGAUUCAAGAAGCUACUAUGGAGGAAACUGGGCCAGUUUUAGCUUUUCAGGACUCUUGUCCUGGAUAAUGGAAUACCAGGAAAACAGUGACAUUGUGAAUGAAAGCCCAGCAUGGCAAGAACAGAUCCUUCUAGAUGAAGAAGCCAUUGCUCUUAGCAAGUUGGACAAAACCAUUCAACAUGUGGAAGUGUUUUGUUAUGCCAGUCAGGAUAUGCAUGAAGGUGUCGAAGAGGCUGGUGCACUGCAGAAAAAUCACUCUCCAAUGACAUCUGCGAACUCCACAGAAGCUGCAAAUUCUGCCUGCCUGCCUACAGAAGAUGAGUCAUUAAGCACUGUGAGUGGUGAAGUGUUCACAGAACAAACUCCAGGGAGUGCCCUAGAAGUAAAUGAUGUUGAAGUGACCAGGGUGAAAGAAAACGGUCGUGAUAAAACUUGUAUGCUGUCAACUUCAAAAGAGGGAACAAGUGAAAAUGUGCCUAUAGAAGAAGACAUUGCAAAACAACCAAAGAAAAAUAGGAUUACUUACUCACAAAUUGUUAAAGAAGGCAGGAAAUUUAAUAUUGAUUUGGUAUCAAAGCUGCUAUAUUCUCGAGGAUUGCUUAUUGAUCUUCUAAUCAAAUCUAAUGUCAGUCACUAUGCAGAGUUCAAAAAUAUUACCAGGAUUCUUGCAUUUCGAGAAGGAAGAGUGGAACAGGUUCCUUGUUCGAGAGCAGAUGUCUUUAAUAGUAAACAACUUACUAUGGUAGAAAAGCGAAUGCUAAUGAAAUUUCUUACAUUUUGUAUGGAGUAUGAGAAACAUCCUGAUGAAUAUAAAGCCUAUGAGGAGAUUACAUUUUCUGAAUAUUUAAAAACUCAAAAAUUAACUCCCAACCUCCAACAUUUUGUUCUGCAUUCAAUUGCAAUGACAUCAAAGACAAGCAGCAGUACCAUAGAUGGUCUCAAAGCUACUAGAAAGUUUCUUCACUGUCUUGGGCGGUAUGGCAACACUCCUUUUUUAUUUCCUUUAUAUGGCCAAGGGGAACUCCCUCAGUGUUUCUGCAGGAUGUGUGCUGUAUUUGGUGGAAUAUAUUGUCUUCGCCAUUCAGUGCAGUGCCUUGUUGUGGACAAAGAAUCCAGAAAAUGCAAAGCAAUCAUAGAUCAAUUUGGUCAGAGAAUAAUCUCUAAGCAUUUCCUUGUGGAGGACAGUUACUUUUCUGAGAACACAUGCUCGCACGUGCAAUACAGGCAAAUUUCCAGGGCAGUCCUAAUUACAGAUAGAUCUGUACUACAAGCAGAUUCAGAUCAACAGAUUUCCAUUUUGACAGUGCCAGCAGAGGAACCAGGAACUUCUGCUGUUCGGGUCAUUGAAUUAUGUUCUUCAACAAUGACAUGCAUGAAAGGCACAUAUUUGGUUCAUCUGACUUGCACAUCUUCAAAAACAGCAAGAGAAGAUUUAGAACCAGUUGUGCAGAAAUUGUUCAUUCCAUAUACCGAAAUGGAGAUGGAAAAUGAAGUUGAAAAGCCAAGACUUCUAUGGGCUCUUUACUUCAAUAUGAGAGAUUCUUCAGACAUCAACAGGAACUCUUAUAAUGAUUUACCAUCCAACGUUUAUGUCUGCUCUGGCCCAGACUGUGGUUUAGGAAAUGAUAAUGCAGUCAAACAGGCUGAGACCCUCUUCCAGCAAAUCUGCCCCAAUGAAGACUUCUGUCCACCACCUCCAAAUCCUGAAGACAUUGUUCUGGAUGGAGAUAGUUUACAAUCAGGGACUUCAGAAUCCAGUGUCGUACCAGAGGCUAAUUCAGAGACUCCCAAGGAAAGUGCAAACCUGUGGAAACCAGAGGAGCACUCUGAAUAACAGAUAUACACCAAACUAUUUGUCCCACUUUGGAAGUUCCUCCAGGCCUCAGAGUCUUCUUGAUUGAGCAGCAGCCAAUUGUCAUGCAGAAUUACCAAGAGAAACCAGGUCAUAGAAAUGCAAAAGGGAUUUUCCUUAAAGAGGACAUUCUCAGAACACAAAAUAUUUCUAAAGCACAUUGACUCACCUGCUUUAAUACACUAAACCUUUAGAGUUGGCAGAUUAAAAUUAUAAAUGGAUUGGUUCCCAGGAAUAUAACUUUGGAGAUGAAAAUUAUCAUAUGCAUUGUUAGUAAUUCUGUACUUUUGGUACAGAUUUUGCUUUGUCACUUGAAUCUUUGUUUGGAAGCCACAUCUUCAGAAUCAUCUCACUUAUUUCCUUUGAUUAUUUUAAUUAUAUUUUCUUUAAGGGUGUGAGCAUCAUGACACAAAUGAUAAAAGUGUUAUAAAUUUAAUUGAGAAAAACUGAAGUAUGAACUGGGAGGAGUCUAUGCAAUAGAGGUUUGUUUUGUUUUACUGAGAAGUAUUAAAAUGCUACUGUUAAGGUGUAUCUUUUUUAGAGUUUUUCAAAUCCUCAUAUAAGGAUAUGUUUUUAUUGACUUCAGAGAGAGAGAAAGAAACAUUGAUGCAAGAAACAUUGUUAGGUUGCUUCCCGGCUUCCCAAAGGCACCCCGCCUGGAGGUCAAACCUUCAACCUAGGCAUGUACCAGGAAUCAAAACAGCAACCUUUUUGGCAUAUGGGAUGAAGCUCAACCAACUGAGCAACCCAGCCAGGGCAGUAGAAGUUUUUAACAAAGAAAUCAUGAGCCCAUUACUUGGUGUUUUUAAAUGUUAGUAGUGAUUUUUUUUAAGAGCAUUUUUUAAAAUAUUUUUUUAUUGAUUUUUUACAGAGAAGAGGGAGAGGGAAUAGAGAGUUAGAAACAUUGAUGAGAGAGAAACAUCGAUCAGCUGCCUCCUGCAAACCCCCUACUGGGGAUGUGCCCGCAACCAAGGUACAUGCCCUUGACCGGAAUCGAACCUGGGACCCUUCAGUCCACAAGCCGACGCUCUAUCCACUGAGCCAAACCAGUUAGGGAAAGUUAGUAGUAAUUUUAUAUGUGAAUCAUUUAUAUACUAGGAAAGCUCAAUACUGAAGAAAUGGAAAGAGGAUUUAGAUAGGUUCAUUGGUCUUUGGAAAUUCUGUAAGUAACUGGAGCACUACCCUAAUUGUCUAUGGACCUAAUUUAGUCCUAGCUACACUACUGAUAAUAUCAGGCAAAUUUUUUUAACUUCUAGGCCUCAGUGUCUCCAUAUCUAAGGUAGAAAUAGUAAUACCCUGCCUAUUCUAUGAGAAUGAUUUUGAAGAUAAAUGUAGUGCCAUCUUUAGAAUGGCUUUUCUGGAAGAAAAGUUUCAGAAUUUUCCCAUUGACUUGGAGAUGAUUAUCAAAAACCUCAUGCAGCAAACAGUUAUUGACAACAAAUAAUUGUUUGCUGUCAACUUCCCCAACACAAUAGAUCUCAAUGUUUUUAUUGCAUUAAGCUUUUAAAAUAAACUCUAUUUCCUAUAUUAGUAUUUUAUAGUCUUACUAGAGGCCCAGUGCAUGACAUUCGUGCACAGGUAGGGUCCCUAGGCCUGGCCAGCGAUCAAGGAUGAUUGGGGCCUUCUGGCCACUGGCCUGGGCCUGCCUUCCCGUCUGCCAGCUGCUGGCUGCCAGUCGGGGCCUUCCUUUGUUCCAUGCCGCCCCCUGGUGGUCAGUGCAUGCCAUAGCAAGUGAUCGAACUCCUGGUCUCCCAAUCGAACUCCCAAGGGGACACUUUGCAUAUUAGCCUUUUAUAUAGAGAGAUUAUAUAUAGAUAGAUAUGUCAGUAAACAUAGUAACGUGGAAUUUGGGGUUUGACUCUUAAUAAGGAAAAUACUUAAGGAGGAAAAUUCUUCAUAUUUCUUUUUUGGUAGAUAAACCCGAAACCGGCAAGGACUCUGAAUAGAGUAUAACAAUUGAUAAAUGCUAGUAUGCACUUAACAUAAAGUGUUAGGGCUGUACCUAGGUAGCAAAUCUUAGUUACAGUGACAGUGACUAUAUUAAUUUUUUAUACAAAUAUCAAGCUCUGAUUUACUUUUUUGAGCAGUAGUUUGGAUUUAACAACUUAUUUCAAUAUAUAAAUACAUGAAAUGUUUAUUGUUGUUUAGUCCACCCUAUACUGCUGACCAGAGGGCCAUGAUCAUAGUAAAGAGCACAUAAUUCUUAGAGGCUUCGGCUACAGGAGCUCUGACCUCCCCAGAUUUCAGGAAAGUGAACUCUGUCAGGUCACAGACUCAUGAGAAAUGGAAAGAACCAAGGAAUGUAUCCCUUGCCUUACCUUUCCAACCUCCUAGGUGAAUCCAGAUGUAAAGAAAACUUCUCCAGCCGCUCAGGCUACUCCUAACUCCUCUACCCAUUGUACAACCCUCUCCUAUCUCUUUAGUUCCUUCUUUCUCUUCCCUUUUGUAAUGCUACACAAAUCAGGGACACUGGAAUCACAUUAUAAUUUAUUUUAUUAUACAGAUUCAGAUCUUAAGUCAAAUCAUGUUUUCUGAAUCCCAACUAUAGCAUGUGCUAAAUGCACAAUACAUAUCUAUAAGCCUCAAGUAUUGGACCUGCUCCUCAAUACCAGCAAUAUAAAAGGUUCCACUAUAUGAGAGUAUGGAGUCUGAAUACAAUUGCAGUAAGUUGCACUAAUUAAGAUAUUUUACUUUAUUAUAGUCUUAGAGUUAAGGCCUCUUGAAUAGACCAUGCAAAUUUAUGUAAAUAGCUAAUCAGGGUAGACCAAUAAUAACUAAAAAAAAAGUUGGUAGCUUUACUAUAGCAAUCUACUAGUAUAUGUAGAGCAAGAAGAAGAUAGUCUGUGGUUUCCUGGCUAAACCCUUAUUUUACCCUACUUCAUCCAUUAGCCAGCAUCAGAAUCUUUCUUCCAGUUUAUUAAUGCUGUUGAAACAUUUAAAAGCUCCUGAAUAUGAUUAGUGGUGGUUAAGAUAUUAAACAACUGUUAAAAACCUUGUGUUAGAGAAACUUAGAUAUUUUUCUGUUGUCUCAAAAUGUAAUAGAAAUUAUUUUCAGUUUUCUUUUCCACUAUCUUAAUUACUGCAAAUAGAUAUUUGUUCAUAGUUUUAAGUUUAAAAAAAAAGAAAAUUCUUUUAGUUUUGUUGUAAAACCAUAAGCCUGAAGUCAAAUGAAUAAAAUUAAUGUGUUGUACAUGAUGCAGAAAUUUCAGUACAUAAUGUAAAAUUUUAAAAAUUACUAUUAUCAAUGAAUUUUGACUUGUGUGUUUAAAGUAUUUAGUUAUGCAUGCUUCUCAUUAACCAAAAAAUGAUAAUACUAUUGUUUAGUGAUCAAUAUGAAGUUGGUUACCAACCCUGUGUACUACUAUAUUUUUGUUGCUAUGCCUGUCCAGAAAACAUAUUUUUCUAUAGGAAAGCUAAGUUUCGAUUUUCCCUAUUUCCUGUGAUAUUUAGUUAUCUCCUGUGAUAUUUAGUUCCCAUAGUAAAAUUGCCACAUUAAUGAUUAACCUUACAAUGGUAGUUUCUGAGAUGGGCAGCCCUUUGUCUAAAAUAAUUGCUGUGCUAAUGAUUAACUUCUAUCACAGCUAUAGUUCCUGAGAAGGCAGCCCUUUGUCUAAAGAAUUAAAGACCUCAAAAUAUUUUGUUGACAUUGGAUUGCUAAAUAGUAGUGAUCCUUUAAAGCAGGAAUUAAAUAAAUUUCUUACAAACAAAUUACUUGCUACUAUUGGUAUUGAAUAAUUUAUGUCUCUACUUUCAGUUGUCCUGUUUGCAUUUCAAAAUGCAUGAAUACAUGAUUAUUCAUAAUCUGCACACUGUAACAGUAAGUUUUCAAAGGAAAUAAAGAAAAGUGCUUUCAAUGCC